GGGAGGGCUCCGCUGCACAGCCCGUAAGGCGCCGCUCGCUCCGCACCGCACCCGCGGGACCGCCGGACGCCGUGCCCCUGCCCGACAGAAUUAAUAUUUGCAACAGCCAGAGACUGAAAUGGUACAAAUAGAGCGUUAAAAUCCCAUCACUUCGACAACUCCAUCAUUUUCUGAGAACCUGGAACAUAAUUUGGGCUCUGCUUCAGCGUGUCUUAGAUUAUAAUGCCAUCCUUGCCUAAUGACGGAGAUAACCAUGGAACUGCUGCUGUGACUUUGCAAUCGGAACUACCCUAUCAAAGCACAAUUAAAAGAAAAGUCAGAAAGAAGAAGAAUGGAGUCAUCACUGCAAAUGUUGCUGGCACAAAAUAUGAAAUUGUACGCAUUGUAAUACAAGAAAUGGGAUUUGUGAAAACACGUGAUGAAGAUGAAACAGCUAAUCUCAUUUGGAGUGAUUCUGCUGUGCAACAGGAAAAGAUUGCUGAACUUCGGAACUAUCAGAGAAUCAACCAUUUUCCAGGAAUGGGAGAGAUCUGCAGAAAGGAUUUUCUGGCAAGAAACAUGACUAAAAUGAUCAAGUGCCAGCCUCAGGAGUAUACUUUUAUUCCUCGAACAUGGAUUUUCCCUGCAGAAUACACACAGUUUCAGAACUAUGUAAAAGAACUGAAGAAGAAACGUAGACAGAAAACUUUUAUAGUUAAGCCAGCUAAUGGUGCAAUGGGGCAUGGGAUCUCUUUAAUAAGAAAUGGAGAAAAGUUACAAGCUCAGGAUCACUUGAUUGUUCAGGAAUAUCUUGACAAACCAUUUCUUAUGGAAGGCUACAAGUUUGAUUUGCGUGUAUAUAUUCUUGUAACCUCCUGUGAUCCAUUAAAAGUAUUUUUGUAUCAUGAUGGACUGGUGAGAAUGGGCACAGAAAAGUAUCAUCCUCCCAGUGACUCAAAUUUGAGCCAACUGUAUAUGCAUCUGACCAACUACUCUGUGAAUAAACAUAAUGAACACUUUGAACGGGAUGAAACAGAAGACAAAGGAAGUAAACGCUCUAUCAAAUGGUUUACUGAGUUUCUAGAAACAAAUAAUCUUGAUGUCUCCAAAUUCUGGAAUGAUAUUUCAGAGUUAGUAGUGAAGACUCUCAUAGUUGCAGAGCCACACGUUCUUCAUGCUUAUCGCAUGUGCAGGCCAGGGCAAGCACCAGGAAGUGACAGCGUCUGCUUUGAAGUCCUGGGAUUUGAUAUUCUGCUGGACAGAAAACUAAAACCAUGGCUUCUAGAGAUUAACCGAGCCCCAAGCUUUGGAACAGACCAAAAAAUAGACUAUGAUGUAAAAAAGGGUGUUCUGCUAAAUGCAUUAAAGCUUCUCAACAUCAGAACAAGUGAUAAAAGGAGAAAUUUAGCCCAACAGAAAGCUGAAGCUCAAAAGAGACUGUAUGGUCAAGGCUCAAUGAAAAAACUGUUGCCGGGUUCUUCAGACUGGGAAAAGCAACGUCACUCACUGGAAAGGAGAAAAGAAGAACUGAAGGAAAGACUUGCACAAGUACGCAAACAGAUUUCCAAAGAAGAGCAUGAAAAUAGGCACAUGGGGAACUACAGGCGAAUUUACCCUCCUGAUGAUAAAUCAUUACUUGAAAAGUAUGAGAGUUUGUUAGCCACUGCUUUCCAGACAUUUCUUGCUGGGAGAGCUGCUUCACUUCAGCGGGAAAUGAAUAACCCUUUGAAAAGAAUGAAGGAGGAGGACAUUUUGGAUCUUCUGGAGCAGUGUGAAAUAGAUGAUGAAAAACUAAUGGGAAAAUGCACCAGACAGCGAGGACCUAAGCCCUUGUGUUCUAUGCCAGAAGUUGCACAACCCGUAAGAAAAUUUAAGAACUACAGUAGUGAUAGCAGCUGUGAUAGUGGUAGCAGUAUGUCAGGGUCAGGAGAUGAAACUGAAAAGGAAGAUCACAAUGAGAAAAAAGAGAAAAAGGUAUCAUAUGAUCUUGAAGAAAAUAAAUGUAAACCUUCAGAACGAUCAGGUAGAAUGAACUGGAAACCUUCAAUUAAAAAUACAAAAUCUCCAUCAUAUUCAUCCUCAUCAUCAUCUACAGGUCCAAUAAGGCGUUCAGUAAGCUGCCCUCGUUCAAUAUCAAUAUUGUCUAUGCAGUCACAUGCAGCUGAGCAUCGUCCCUUCUCUGCCAAAGCACCUCUGCAAAUCCAGCGUGCAUCCUCAGUGAAUAGGUCUCGUUCUUUAAAUUGCAGCCCAUCUUCAUCCAGGGUCUGUCAGACAUCCAGCUUGGGAACUAUGAACUCUUCAGGGAGUGAGUCCUUACUGCAGCAGAAAACUAAAGAGCAAGAAGUCGCUUUGACAAAAGAGACUCUACUCAUUUUCAAUGACAUGAGAAUGAAGUUCCCAGGAAAAACAGAUGAAGAAUCAGAAUUAAUUAUAGAAGAAAUAAUGGAUAAUUGGAAGUACCAUAAAACAAAAGUGGCAUCAUAUUGGUUAGUAAAACUGGACUCUGUAAAGCAACGAAAAGUUUUGGAUAUAGUCAAGACAAGUGUUCGUGCGGUCCUCCAGCACGUCUGGAAGGCUCCAGACAUUGAAAAUCUACAUCUGUACCGUCUCUUUAACCGUGUAUUUAAUCGUUUACUUUGGAGCCAUGGUCAAGGUUUGUGGAACUGUUUCUGUAAUUCAGGGAACUCUUGGGAAACCAUAUUCAGUAAAAGCACAGAGGUGGUGACUCCUGAGCAACUCCAGUGUUGCCAACGAAUAGUACAGCUUUGUAAGCACUGCCUGCUAGUGGUGUACAAAUAUUCAUCAGACUCAAGAGGAUCCCUGACUGGAAUUAGUCCUAGCUGGGAUGAUACAAGGUGUUUAUUGCCAGGACCACCGCAGUUCAUCAUGAAAUCAUCCUCGUCCAACCUCAGCUGCAGUUCAUCUGGAAUGCCUCGCCCUAACGUUUUGUUCACACGCAGAUACAGUCACCUGUGAAGGACAAGUUACUUUUCAUUGUAAAUAAUGGCACUCCAUUUUUAUUUUCAGAUUAAAUUUGUGAUGGAGCUUAAUACAACACUGUUAUAUAUAAUAUUACCAUAUUAUGAUAACAUUUAGCUUAAAACUUACUGUAAAAGCAAAGCUUUUCUGGAAGCAUAAUAAACCUUGUUAAGUUGUUUACACACAUGUGAAUGUGUAGAUCUUGCUAGGUUUAUAAGUAAUUCCUUCCUACUAGAAAUGUUAUUUUUGCUGCAGAAUAUAUAAGACGGAGUUGAUCUUGAAGAUCCUAUUACAGCGUUAUAUUAUUUUCUACAUACAAUACUUUUGAGUUGAAUAUUAUUUAUUGUAAAGUAUGCUAUUUAUUGUCUCAAAUGUAAGACAAGAGCCUUUAAAAAGACAGAUGAAUAAAAAACUGUAGUAGAACAAUAAAACUGUAAUUAUUAUUAAAAAUAACCUUACCAUUUCUUGGAUAUGUUUAAAAUAAUCCCCAAAACUCUGUAAGCCAAACAUUUCUCCUCUGAAAUUACAGGCUCUGCUUAAAGCUGUUACACUUCUUAAGGGACAUGUUAUAGUAUCUUUCAGAAAAAGUGAAGAAAUUCUGUAUGCAAUCAGUAAAAAUACCAGUUCAGGCAUUCAGUUUCUAAUUGGAUUUUUGUAAUAAUACAGAAGCCAAUAUUUGUUAUCAGGCUUUCAUUCACAUUAACUGUGGCCUGUGCCUUUGGGAGCAAGCAGUCACCUACAACUUGUACAAGCAUGCAUAGUGAGUAUUUUUUCUGUUUUACUGCACAAGUGGUGAAACAGACAUUUUUAGGAAAUACUGCAGCUAUAAUACAUUAUUUCAGUCUUACACUAAUUGGUUCGCUGUAGCUUUUAACAUACAUUCUGCAGUAUGUACUGAAUUGUAUCAUUUAACUAGACAGUAUUUUCUAGACUUGUGGCACCUUUAAAUGUUGGAAAUAUAAUUCAUUAGAAAGCUCUCAUUCAGAUUCAGCUUCCUGGGCCUGGCUGAAGAGCGCUAAAAGAAACUGAGCCAGGGCAUGGAUGUAGAAUUAACAGGACAUGUAACCUGAAAACAUCAUUCAGGUUUGCUAUGUAGUCCCAUUCAUCUCAUUCAGCACUGUGCCAUAUAAGCCUUAUUCAUUAUAUAAAUAGUUAUUUAAAAUGAAUUAACCUAGAUUUAAAAAUGAAUUAAGUUUUUAAACUAAGUAAAGAACAAAGUAGUAGAUAUUUACCAAAGAUGUGUUUACUUUCCAAUAAUAAAAACUGCAAAUGUGUUUGUAAAUUAUCAGUGAAUUUUAUGUAGGUUGCUCUGAAAGUAACGCCUCCUGUUUAUUUCCAUGGAAAUGGCAACAAAGACAAAGAGCACAAUAA